CACAGUACAAAAGAAACACGAACAAGGUAAUAAAAGCCCAACCGUUUUUCUCUACACUACAGCCUGAACACAGUUCUCGCGCCAAAAACCGAAACCCUAAAUUCGGUCAAUUAAUCGGAUCAAGUGUUCAUGAUUUUCUAAUCCCCUCCAAUCGAGUUUGGAUCGCAGCGAGGUUAGUUAGCUGAUUCCUGAUUGCUCUGUAACGCUUCUGUGCCCGAUACGGUGUCCCUCAAUGGUUAUGGAGUACAGGCCAAUCCCAGUUUGUUAAUUCCGUUCUUGCUCAAUUUUGGUGUCCAGUCUCUUUCGUUUUCUUCUUUUAGGUAGCAUCGACUUCAUAUGUGGCCCUGUUUUGUUUGUGCGAUAGGUCGGAUUGAUCUGAACUUGCCUCUAGUUGAACGCUUUGAACAGAAGCAGCAGCUCCGAUCUGGAAAAGGAUGGAAAAAGGAGCCGUGAAGAAGAUGGACAUGCUACUGACAGGUUGGUUAAGCCGUCUUCCAGAACCCAUUAUUCAUCACAUUCUUUCGUUUCUAGAAACCAAAUGGGCCGUUCGAACAUCUGUGUUGUCCCGAUUCUGGAGGUGCGCCUGGAAACAUGUCCCUGUCCUCAAGUUAUAUGGUGAUUCCUUCCAACAGUAUUCCAGUUUCGAGAGAUUUGUGGAGAACAUUUUGUCCCUCCGUCAUCCCUUGUGAAUGAUGAGUUAGAGUUGGAGGAGGAGGACGAUGAGGAGGAGGAUGACGAUUCAGAAGAACGAAUGUUUAAUCAGUUUGUCAAGGUUAUCAAGUAUGCUUUAUCCCAUGGCAUUCAACACUUGACCUUUUCUCUGUUCUAUAUUGUGGAUGUCGAAGACACUUACGGAUUCUCAGAUUUGUUUGGCACGAUCUCAAAUUGCAACCUCAAAACCCUAGACCUAUUUGGUGUCCACAUCGAUGGUGGAUUUGGAUCUUCUGGUUUUUCAAUGCUGACAACUCUCGAAUUGGGGCAGUGCCUACUAGCUUCUGAUCAUGAUGGCGAUUUCGAUCCUUUCUCUAACUUUCCGUGUCUGAAGAAAUUGGUCCUGGCUCAUUGCAACCACCUGGACAGUGAGGUGCCUGGGCAUGAAAGGCGUCUCAAGAUAUAUGGACCCCAAUUGCUUAGUCUGGAACUGGAGUUAGUUUCCUCGUUUCACAUGGAAAUAGUUGCACCCAGACUCAAAUUCUUAUGUCUUGAACAUGACCUGGAAAAUCUGAAAUUCUCUAACUUAAGCUUUCCUUCCCUUGAUCAUGCUUAUAUUCAUAUCUAUGAUGACUUCCAUUUCAGGGAGGGUAACAAGGAAUGUGCGACAAAAGGUUCAAUCUCUUUGCUCCAAGCUUUAAGUAAUGUAACCUCAAUAAAGCUGCAUUCCCGCACCAUCGAGGUAUCGUUUUUGUUAAUAUUGUUGUUAUUAAGUGUUUCUUCCUUGAAUAUUACCUGGUGUUAAAAAUUGGUUUGCAUUUCUGUAGGUACUGAGUAAUAUUUCAGAGUUUCUGGAACAACAACCCUCUCCCUUUACGAGAUUGAAUUACUUAGGCGUGCGGGGAGACACUGUACCUUACCAACUGCUCAAUUACUUUCUGAAAGCGUCAUCUAGUACAAAACCAACUCUUGAGUUUGCAUAGCGUUAUGGCUAACCAUUUUGCUUCAGUUGCUGAUCACGGUUGGUAAUAGUUUAGUAUUUCCUUUAUUGCAUGGUCAUAUAGGAAUAGUUCUUGAAGAACUAUGUCAUUCUUCUUUUGCUUGGCAACAUUCGGCAACUUCAGAUAUCUUGAGUUUCAGCCACAUCAGCGUAAUUUGAAUUUAUGAUUGCAGUACUUCAGCUUAGUUCUUUGUUCAUAUGUUACCUUCUUAAUCAGGAGCCUUCAUCUUGGAAAGGUUUGGUCUUUCCUCCGUUAUGUACUCUGGGUGUUUGCCCUAAUGGGUUGCCGUCCAAGUUAACUUGUUCUUUGGUGGACUAGCCGAGGCUUUUUAGCUGUAUUGUUGCUACUUACAUGCUAGAUAAGAAGUAUUUAAUUCGAAUCCGUAGCAUGGUUUUGCUGCUGAAGUCUGAAUUUUGAUACAUAACUGUUGAAUGAUGUUAUAUUAUUUAGUACAUCGUGCAGCAGUGGUAAGUCUACUAAUCGUUAAGUAUUAAUGAUUUUUCGCUCCCUGCUAUUUCUGGUGCUUAUUUAUGCUUUCUCUAGAUGACAUCCUCCAUCCUACAAAUUUCCUACAAAUUAUAUAUGGAGAUUCUCCUUAAACGCACACCCAAUCCAAUUUUUCCUUGCCUAUGCUCAUAGAACGGAAGGACUAUUUAGUCCUUUUGUUUACUCAUCUAUUCCGCUACUGUCUCAUGGGGCUAAAAGCCUAAUCAAAUUGAGAUACAAAUAAAAAAACUUAUUAAAACUCAUGCUCCAAUUGUUGAUAUAUAAUAUUAAAAUAAAAAUUCAACCUACAACUCUCGCGGCAUCAUUGUUACAAAAUUCAAGCUCCACUAAUCAACUUCAACAAUUUCGACUAAUUCAAGGUUGUCAACUCGGUUUAGCCUAUUGGUCCGGUCGAGCAAGUGGAUUGAGGGUUAAUUGUUCGACCGUUUUAGUUCGGUUUAGCUUGAAUAUAUGAAAAUACAUUAUAUUGUUAUACAUUUAUAAAUUAUAUUAAAUCUCAUAUAACAUAUGAGUAAUAACAUGUAACAUUACACAAAAAUAACAUUUUGUACUUGCAUCCAACAUAUAAUGAAAAUUCACAAACACAUAUAUAACAUCAAUAUUAGAAUGUUCAAUUUAGAAUUUCAAAGAUUGGGUUAGGAGAAAAGAAAAAUCGGAAAAUAGGAGCAUUUUAUAAAUUAAAGGAAAAAAGAUAUAGUCUGACCUCCAGCUCGGUACCUUGCAGCGGUCGACCCGAUGUGUGUGUGUGACCCAUUUUUCUCACCAGGUCCAAAUCAAAAUGGGUCAACCGGUGGUUCGACCCACGGGACGACAACCUUGGACUUAUCACAUCAUCAUCAGUCCAUCCGGCAUUAGAAAUUGUCGAUGAUUAUAUGCAUAUCUAUAUAUGUUCGUCCGUAUUAGGUCAGAUAAUUUAUUAUGUGAUACAAAUCUAAAACUUUAUUCAAGAAUAUGAUAAGUGUAUUUAAAUUAUUUAAGGUAUUGAGAUUCACGGCUAUUUAAAAUUUUAUUAUUGCUAAAAUAUGAGGCCAUAAAAGUUAAAUCCUAAUUAGUUUAAGUAAAAUUACAUACCAUUCAGAUCGAGGAAAGUACCAUGGAUAUUAUUCACUCCAAAACAUGUCAAAUAGACCAAAUAAAAUGUGUUAGGUCAAAGUUGUCAUCCCUAAUAAUAUCAUUGUAAAAAUACUCAGCCUCACAAUUCCUUUCUUAAUUAUGAAUGUGUUUUCAAUAUUAAGUUCCUAGAAUUGAAGCCUUCUAAUUGUAAUAAGUUUCCAUCGAUGUUACAUCUAUGGAAUAAAAAUUCAAGUUUUAGUUGUGAUAAAUUGCCCCUAAUAAAUUGUGUUUCUAUAAAGAUAAUCCACUAUAAAAUAUAGUCACAAUAACACAUGCUUAGGGAUGGAUGGUUAAUUGAAUUGUCAUGAAUUUCUUGCUAUGUGAUUUUUACUUAUCCUCCAACGUGGUUCUGCCUAUUGAGGCAAAUAGUUCCAUAGUAUUAUGCCAAAAAAUGACAACAUCAUUAUGUCUAAGAUGUACAUCUCAAUUAUUUAGUCAUUAAGUAUGUUUUUAUUUCAAUUAUUGUUAAGAUUGUAUCUAUAUCAUAUUGUUUUUAGUAAUUAUUUUUGCAGUUCUACAUCUCAAAUAAAUAUUGUCCUAGAAAAACAACUUGAAUUUGCAAAUACUUAUCAGUAUGUGUACCUUAAAUGCAACGAUCCAUUUAUUCACGUUCACGGAAGCUUAUAAUGGCCGAAAUCCCUCCACAAACAUAUAUACUCGGCUGCACCCCAAGCCCUAACCCACGUCAGAAAAGAAAAAUAUGUACAUGGAUACUUAAACCUUUAACUUCUAACACAAGCCAGUGAUAGAAUGAGGGGACAUCCCCAUCCUUAUCUCCUACAAAUGGAGACAAUGGAGUUGGAGUUUCAUAUCAAGAUCACCGGUUACAACAUUGCAGACUCUAUAAGUGAGUUCGAUAGAUAAGGAAAAGUAAAUUUUUACUUGCGCAUAAAUUAUAUUUCAUCAUUAAAAAUUUUAUCUCAAUAAAAUGCAAGAGAAGAAGAAAAAGCAUGCCUAUGGUGAAGGUUGUGGGUAUGAUGAGAGCGAGGAUUUUGGAACCUGAGAUUGAUUAAUAGAAAGAUACAAGUAUAGAAGAAUUGGCCAAAACUAAGGAGAGAAAUAGACAACGAGAAAAAGAAUAAUUCAUGCUAGAUGAAUAUUAAGCGAAUUGAGAGCGAUAGGAAUAAAAUUUAUACAAAUCCAAGGAUAUGUAAUAAAGAAUUAAGUUUUGGGGACAAUAAGGCUUGGAUGGCUAAAAAUAUAAAAGUGGUUGAGAAAAUUUCAAUGAUAAUCAUAAUAAUAACUAAUAAUUCAUCAAUACAUCCCCUCUAAAAGAUUAUUUUCCUCGAGAUUUGGUAUAAACUAAUUCAUAUACUUCCUUUUCAAGGUUCGACCGCUCUUUCACUUCCAAUUUAAUCCAACUCCUGCAAUGAAUUCAUUACGACAAAAUAAAUGUCUCACUACACAAUCUGAAUGAAAAAUUCUCAAUUGACAAUGCCAACAUCGAAAAGGUAGUUGUACCAUCCUUCUUGGUCAUAAUUGUUGUUUCUUUGACACCGAGAUAUAUGCCAAACCUUCCAUGUAAAUUCCUCAAAUUCUUUGAAGACAAUUAAUAUGAGUUGAAACGACAUAAGCGACAGUGUUGGGUCAUAGGAUAACUAGACUAUGAUACAAUUUGAUAAAUAGAGGAUCUUGGUAUCCAUGACCGAUUAACAUAAAGAUAUAAUUAGAGGAUAAUUGGACAAAAAUAAGGAAAAUAAAUAGACUAUGAGAUAAUAAAUAAUUAGAGGAGAUCAAACUAUAGAAUUUAGAGAGCCCAUAAGAGACUUGAUAAAUCCAAGAAGAUGUAGAACAAGUAUGGAGAGAACAAAAUUAAGAGCAUUAGAGAGGAAGAACAUAGAGAGGAAGAACAUUGAUAAGGUAAAUCUUUUGUUCUUCUUUAGUAAUUUAACUGAAUGAAUAAAGUACACUUUUGUUAGUGGAUAUAAGGAUGUUGAUGGGGAAGCAAUCUCAAAUAAGUUCCAAAAAAAUUGCAUUCAUUUUGAUAUCGAGGUAAAUCUAAAUGCAGUUUGAUAAAGUUUUUAUAUGUCACUUCCCUUACACAUGGUUUUUUUUUACUUUUGAUAAAAAUUUUGGAUGAUAAUCCGUUAGGAUGUCAUUAAAAAAAGUUAUGAUAGAUGUAUAUUUCUUUUUGAUUUUUUUGGUGAUUAAAUAAUUUAAAUGAUUUUAUAAACCCUACAAAAAUGUGUCAUGUCUCCUAUAAUUAUAACUUUGUUUAAGUUAUUGACCAAAUGAAUCCGAUCAUCGGGUCGUGCCCUACUCUAGUUGGCAAUUCGGCAUGGUCAGCAGAUAGAGGUUGCCGAGUAAACCUCUCUACAACGCUGAAUCAGCCUUGCACUCCAAUUGUCGGAACAAACUAUUCCGACUCACUCUACUGUUUCGGUGCAUGUUACCUGUGUUGUUUCCAAAGUAUGAAUUGCCUUGUCCAUCUCCACAAUCAGUAAUCUUUUUAGCUAUGCCAUACUUCACCAUCUUAUGCACGAGUAACUCAUGUCAUCCCUAUCCACUAUUACUAGUGACAGGGUAAGCCAUCUUCCAAACUUCAUUAUUCGUAACACCCUUUCAUUUUUCGACACCAAAUACACUGUUCAGAUUCAGACCUCGGUAUUGUCUCGAGGGUGGUGAUGCGCUUGGAAACAUGUCCCUGUCAUUGUUUUUCAUAAUAAUCCCUUCGGACGGUAAUCGAGUUUCCAAAGGUUUGUUGAUAUUUUAUUGUCCCUCCACCAUCCCUGUAAUGUGCGCAACAUUAUCUACACUGGUUUAUCCUCCGGACGAGGAGAACGUGGAAGAAGAAAAUAGCCUGUUUGUCAACCUCAUGAAAUAUGUCAUAACCGAUGAUACUCAACUUUUAUUAUUUGCGUUGUUCUUUAUCAUCUCUACCAAAGACAAUUACAGAUUCUCUGAUUCAUUUAGCACGAUCUCAAAUUGCCGACUAAAAACUCUAGAAACAUAUGGUGUUGGCAUUGAUAGUGGAUUUGAAUCUUAUGGGUUUCCAGAGCUUUUGUUCGGGAUGGGAGUUUGAUCAUUGACGUAUUUGGAGAACUAGGUCCUUGAGUCAUUGCCACCAUUUGAACUAUCCCAGGCGUGAAAGUUGCCUGAAGAUAUCUGGACUUCGAAUGCUUAGCCUAAAAACUGGAAUUCAGUUUGGUCUACAGACUUGGAAAUUUGUGCACCAAGACCAAAUUUUUUAGUUUUCAUCAUGACGUGGGUGAACUAAAAAUUCUCCAAGUUAAGCUUUCCUAUCCUUGAUCAUGUUGUUACUCAGACUGAUGAUGAGAUCAAUUUGAUGGAGGUUUAAGCAAUACAGAUGCAACACUCUCAUGCUUACUCUAUACUGUGAAGUUUUCCUUCCAUGACCAUUGCGGUAAAUAAUUAAACAAAAUGUAUGUAGUCAUGGUGGAUUGAACCCGUGUGUUAUAAAACACAAGUUAAAAUUGUCUACCAUUAGAUCACAUGACUAUAACAUAAUAAAAUUUACGGAACAAAUUCUACUAAUAAAAUUCGUACUAAAUACCCUUACGAUCCUUAGGGUUGGGAAACGGUGCGGUCUGGUCCAGACCAGACCAUAUAUACGGUGGUCCAGACCGAGAGGCUGAAGUAUAUAGACCACAGACCAGACCACAUACUAUACGGUCCGGUCCAGACCACGCCUGUACGGUCUGGUUCGGUCUGGUCCAGAUAGACCACACUCAAAGAAAAAUGAAUAAUUUGUUUAGUCAACCACACAAAAAAUUGAAUCAAUAACCAAGAAAAAUAAUUGUUAUUUGCCUUAAAACAUUAAUCCUAACAUGCAUGAAUAAUUUUGAUACCCUAAAUCUUAGUGCAUAACAAAAAUACAAAGUAAAAGCAUUCCAACUUGCACUAUAACGUUAUAAAAAUUAACAUAAUAUCAUGUGGAGACACGGUUAUCUCUACUCUAUGGUUACAUGUGGUUGUGAAUGAAGGAGGGACGAGAUUCUCAAAAUUAAGGUUGAGACUUGGGUAUCGUUGUGGGAGUUGGGAGAGUGAUCGAAUGGGCUAUUAACACGUAUUGACAAGUCAGUUGGGUCCACGGUUUGGUCCGGUAAACCAUGGUCUAGACCAGACCAGACCAAGAGAUCAAAACAUAAAAUAAUACAGACCAUGGACCAGACCAGACCAUACUUAACGGUCUACAGUUCAGACCAAACUGUGCGGUAUGGUUUGGACAACGAUUUUUCUAACAGUCUGAUCUAUUUUCCCAGCUCUAACGAUCCUAGGGGCAGGGACCAAUCUCGGGGCCGGGACCCACCCUAGAAGUGUAGCUCCGCCCCUGUUGGUUUCUAUUAUCUGCAGAGCAACGACCCUCUCCAUUUACCACAUUGAAGACCUUGACUGUGGAGGCUGAUAGUGUGCCUUACUGCUUAAUUAUUUUUUUUAAGGAUCUUCUAGUACAAAAUCGAUUCUUGAGGUUGUAUAACGCGUUGGUUCACCGUUUUGCCAUAGUUUUCGACCUUUUGGUGGGUUCUUCCUUUUGAAGACGUUCAGGAUUAAGGUCUGCAAUUUGUCUAUGUAUUUCGUAAAAUCUAGCUGCUUAGAUCAACUCAACAUGCACUGGAUUAUCAUCUCCUUAAGAGCAGUAUCAUUCUUUCGCUUGAACACAUUCUUGCACUUUGGUCUUCGGAUAUGAUGAGUUGCAGUCAUGUUAUUUAUAUUAAUUAUUAAAUUAUUAUUUAAUGAUAAUAUAUUAUUUAAUGAUGAUUUAUUAAUAUAUUUUUUUGUACGUUUAAUAUUAUUAUUAUUUAAGUUACGACAAUAUCAAUAAAAUUAAGGAUUUUGCUACGGUGACAUGCAUGUCACCGUGACAUGGACUUUUCGGUCGACCUAUUGCUGAAGGCGGUCGACCGAAUCGACUAAUUCAUGUUUGUGGGAUUCCAAGACGCGGUCGACCUCUUACAUAAUAUGGUCGACCGCUUUGGUGGUCUAACAGAAUGAAAGGUCGACCCAAAUAUCUCAUAGGCCGACCCUUGUGCACCUAACAGGUCGACCGCAUUAGGAAGAGGUCGACCGCCUUCACACCGUAUCCGUAUUGGAUAUGGAUUCCAACACCAGAAAGGUUCCACAACUGAACAAGGAAACGAAUUGGGUCGACCCAUUGACGUCCCAAAUCUCUAUAAAUACGAAUAUUAGUCCCCUUCAACGCCUCCAAGUCUGAAUUAGGUUUUUUUUUUCCGAUUAAGAGCCUUUGUGAAGAAGCUCGUUCGCGGUUGCUGUUGUACGCGUUGGAAGUGGUCGACCAGGUCUAAGGUGAGGUCGACCUAAUGUACCAUUCGUCGUCUUCUUUUCUAAUGCGUGAUUUCUACCGGCUAAUUUGAUAUAUUGUUGGGUGCAGAAUUCCAUUCGGUCGACCGUGACGUCAAUCAGGUCGACCUGACGAGACAAUUCUGCGUAUUUGAAUUUAGGCCACAACACUUGGAUUUCUGUACUUGCGAGGUAACCCAAUUGGUCGACCUAAUGGGUUUCAAGGUCGACCGUUCCUGUUUUUUUGGUUAUUCAACCUGAAUGUCAACUUUGGCUUUGAUUGUAUGACUAUGUUGUGCUUGAAAAGGUCGACCGCGCCAAAUAUCUGGUCGACCUAUCCUUUUUUCGGUUUGAUUUAGAACUUACUUUUUAUUGUUAAUUGUUAUUUUCCUGCUGGAUAGGUCGACCUAGGAAUAACAGAGGUCGACCUUAAUGGUUGUGGUAGUCACUAUUUGUCUUCCAGGUCGACCUAAUACUAUGUCAGGUCGACCACGUAUUUGUUUUUUGGUCAAUUGUAGAAAUUUGAAGUUGAAUUAUGAUUUAAAUUUUUCUUGAAAUUGUUUAGACAAUGAUGCAUGAUGAGAAACUGCAUCAAGAUUUGGGUGAAAUCAUGAAAUUGUUGAAAGCCACACAAGAGAAGCUGGUGGUGUGUCAAACACAAGUCAAUGACUUUCAGAAGUCCAUGUGUGAUAGAGUGGAGCAAUUGUCAGUUCGACUGACAGAUAUGACUGGGAUGAUGCAUGACGGGUUUGAGAGGCUAGAAGGUGCUAUCAAAGAUAUAAGUGCAGAACGAAUGGAGAAUGGCGGAAGAAAUGGUAAAGGACCUAAUUUUGACUUUGGUAAAGAGGAAGAAUACCAUGAUGACUCUGAAAAUUGCUACCAGAGCAUAGACGAUUUAUUGAAAGAGCACAUUUUAAAGGUAUCCAAGUAUAUUCAUAGGUGAUUGAAUAUAUUAGUAUUACUAUCAUUAGUGCUAAUUUGUUUUGCUUAUAUGUUUGACAGAGUGAAACAACGAAUGGCAGCAAGGGUUCCUCUCCUAAGUACAAGAGACCUCAAUAUGAAAGUGACUCCUACACCACUCCACAGAAGGAUCAAUUUGUAAGAAAAGGAUGAUUUAGUGAUGAUAGCGAUGAAGAAGAAUCUAAGAGUCCUUUCGAAAAGCACGGGGUAAGUUUACGUUACAUAUUCAUCUAUAAUGUGUGUUUGUGUUCAUAUGUUACUUUAAUUUUAACUAUGAUUUGUAGGUCAUGAAAGUGGAGGGUCUAGAAGGAUUCACCAAAAAUCUUCAAAAUCCAGUUGAAGACUUGUAUUAUGUUGUUACUAAAGAGAAGGCUGAGGACAAGAAUUGGGACAAGUAAGACGUUUUUUAGUACGUGUGGUCGACCGGAUCGGUUAUGAGGUCGACCGCUUUUCCAAUAAGGUCGACCGUGUGUGUGAACAGGUCGACCUGUACGUUGCAAAUCACAAUUGACAUUUUUGUUAUUUUGAUUUUUGCAGUUUGACCGUUGUGGACUUUUUUUCUGAAAACGUGCAACGACAUUAUUUGAGUUCGGUCAUUAGCGAGAAUAGCUGGGUUUGCUCAUCAGUAAGUACUAUACUACUACGACUUUCGUAUGAAUUGUGCACUAUUUAUGUUACGAUUUACGAUGAUUUUGUGUUUGAUUGUUGGAUGGUAGGUAGUGGAUUUGUGUGCAAGGGCACUAACAAUGUCUGAAAAACAUGAUGUGAAAGAGCCAAAUGUGUGGUAUUUGCCAAAUAUGUUUUCGGUAAGAGCCGUAAUGUCAAAUUAUUUGUCAUAACCUAUUUAUUUAUAUUGUACCAUGUCAAUUCAUCUCAACUAAAACAUGCUGCAGAAAAUGGUACACGCUAACAUGAAGACCAGACAAAUUCGUAACAAGUUGAUGAAUGAUGGCGUGGUCUUUAUGCCGAAUGUCGGUGCAUGCCAGAAGGUUAGUCUAGUCAAUGUCAUUAUAUCAUUAAAUUUUGAAAGUGCAUUUGUUUGUAUUCGCUGUUUAUAACAUAUAGUGAGUGUUUCGUUGCUAGAUAUUUAUGCCAGUUCUUGACGAUGAAGCACGUCAUUGGUUUCUGUAUCUCGUCAAUGUCCAGCAAAAAACUGCAUUUUUGCUUGACAGUCUACCUUCAACUAGUGAGGUGAAUCGUAGGCGUAAAUCAGCACUAUGCAAGAAAUUGGUAAGUGUUUUCUAUAAUUUUCUGACUGUUAAGCGUCACGUAUGAUGCUAGAAACUUAAAAUAUUCAUUAUUUGUGUGUAGUUGUCCAAUUUGGAUGAUAUUUUCAAACCGGAGCGCAUGAGCAAUGUAGGAGUACCAAAUUUUGGAGAUUUCAAUUUUGAUGAGCUACGAGUUCAACGGCAAAGGAAUAGUACUGAGUGUGGUGUGCACGUCAUGCAGUGGAUGCGCUAUGGAUCCAAGGAUCUUGAUAGAGUGGUGAGUAUAUCGUCAAACAAAUAACUUGUUUAAUUUACACUUUUUUUAGUUGUAACGAAAUCUUACAUGGCAUAAUGCAGAUAGGAGAAGAACACAAAUUACCGGCGCGAAAGGAGAUUCUAUGGUAUCUGGCUACACAUUUUGAAAACCUUGCACGAGAAAAUCUUUUCAAGCAUGUAGUAGAUGAAUGCAUGGAACGAGGCAAAGAGAGACAGAGUUCAAACAAAAAAGCAAAGAAAUGGAGUCGUUAAGUUACAAUGUUGCAUUAUUUGGACCAUACAUUGAAUUUGUAUUUGCGAGAUCGUUUCAUAUUGGAUUUUGAAUGUUUAUCGUUUAUUAGAUUUGUUAUACAAUUAUGGAUGUGACUGAAUUUACGAUUUCAAUCGUCUAGAACAAGUGGUCGACCACAUACUCAAAGCGGGCAUACCCAAAGGCAGAGCACAGGUCGACCUCGUGACGAAAAAGGUCGACCUAUGAUACCGUAGCAAAGUCAAAAACCAUGUAGAACAUGGAUGGAAUCUCGUCAGUUUGGCCUUAAUAAAAUACGGUCGACCAUUCUUGUUAAGAGGUCGACCUGUUUCACAUUUAUAAACAAUGGUCGACCAUUUCAGUAAAGAGGUCGACCUGUUUCACAUUUAUAAACAAUGGUCGACCAUUUCAGUAAAGAGGUCGACCUGUUUCACAUUUACCCAAAACGGUCGACCAUUUGUGCAAAGAGGUCGACCUUAAUGAAUCAUGUCCUUGUACAAUUAGGAUUUUGUGUACUUGUCCUUGUCGAAUUAUGAUUUUAUAUAUCUUUCACCAAUUGGAUAAGGAAUUUGUCUACAUUAUCUAUAAAUAGAUGGGAGUCUGAAGACUUUAAUCGUACUUCGAUUUAUGCAAUUUGUUGGAGUGAAGUUGUAAUAUCAUCGCUCUUAUUGUGAUCGGGUGUUGGUGGCGGUUUAUUUUUAUUCCGGUAGACCGUAACAAUAAGUGGUCGACCUCUUUGCUAAGGUAUGUCUCGUAUGUGCUUGUUAAUGCUUGUAUGUGGUUAAAUUUUUCCUACCAUCCGGUCGACCACCCUCACCAUCCGGUCGACCGCGCUUUUGUAAUUAUAUGAUUAGGUCGACCUUUCAGUAAAUUCUGGUCGACCGCAUGUUUGUUAUUUAGUAAUAAGGUCGACCGUACAGUUUAUUCAGGUCGACCUAACGAGCGGUAAUUGUGUAUGUUUUUGACAUUAAGUUCGUAUUCCGAUCGUUUCAGGAUGGAUAACAGAGAUGAUACAGAUGAUAGAGAUGAUGAUGAGGUUAACUUCGAUGAGGAACCUAAGGAUGCUCAAGAAGGAGCUAUGGAUAAUUCAGAUGAUACAGAUAAUACAGAUGAUGAAGUGGUUGGGGAUGAUAAUGAAACCGAGGGUGCUGAAGAAGAAUUUAUGGAUGAUGAAGAAGCUACUGAAUAUGAACAACAAAUUCCUUCCAUGGAGUUCCAAACAUUAGAAGAUGCAGAGAAAUUUUACGAUUCCUAUGCUAAAGCGAAAGGAUUUAGCGUUCGAUGUAGAGAUCUUCGGAGGAAUCGUCGAGGAGUAGCAAUUGGGAGGACAAUGGUAUGUUCGAGAGAGGGGACUAGAGAUAAGAUGCAUAUAGAUAAAGAAGGUCCGACUCGACAACAUCGUAAGAUGACAAGACAUUAUUGCAAGGCAUCGUAUACUGUACGCUUUGAUCGGAAUAAGAAAAUGUGGGUUGUUUCUAAGUUUGAGAGGAAGCACUCACAUCGUUGCUGCAAUGAAGAAGAAAGUCAAUUCCUUCGGUCUCAUCGAAAUGUGAGUGAAGGAGACAAGGCUCUGGCGAUAGGGAUGCGACAGUCAGGAAUAAAACAACGCAACAUUGUUCAGUUCAUGAAGAAUAAAGUUGGAGGAUAUGAGAAUCUGGGGUACACUCCAAAGGAUUUGGACAAUGCUGUUCAGCAAUCCCGAACAGUUGACGACGAUCUAAUAGGAGAUGUUAACCGAACAUUGGGUUACUUGCAAAGUAAACAUACCUCUGAUGCAGACAGCUUCUUCAAGUACACAACCAACGAUGAAGGUGAAUUAGGCAAUCUCUUCUUGUCGGACUCCACAUCUAGAGCAGAUUACCAUUUUUUUGGGGAUGUCUUGGCGUUCGAUGCAUGCUACAAGCGCAACAGGUACAAUCGACCAUUUGUUAUGAUGGUUGGUGUAAAUCACCACCACCGUAACAUCAUAUAUGGUUUUGCCCAGUUGGAUAACGAGACAAUCCCCAACUAUGUUUGGUUGUUGAAUACUUUUCUGGAGUGUAUGAACUCUAAGAUGCCCACUUCAGUGAUCACAGACGGAGACAAGUCUAUGCGUGGUGCCAUUGCUACUGUUCUGGUUGGAGUGCCUCACCGUCUUUGUAUUUGGCAUAUUGAGACAAAUGCGACAACGGCUGUUCAUAAUAAGGAGUUUGUUAGCGCAUUCACUUACUUGGCGAAAGCACGAAUAUCGAUUGAGGAGUUUGAGAGGCGUUGGGAGCAUUUGAUUAGUCAGCAUGGUUUGUCUGCAAAUAAGUGGUUGCAGGAUUUGUACGCUGACAAAUUACUGUGGGCAGAGGCAUACUUGAAGGAUAUGUAUUUCGGUGGACUCCAAUCAACCUCGCGAUGUGAGUCAUGUAACCAUUGGAUAAAUGGGUAUGUGGGAACUCAAUACAGCUUGCAACGUUUUGUUCAGGGCAUUGAUGAAGCACUGGAGGGGAUGCGUUUCACGGAGGUGCAGGAUGAUUAUACUUCUAGGCACACGAGGUUGGUCUGCAAGCAUGCCCUUCGCACUUGGGAAAUGCUAGCUGAAAGUAUCUACACUCAUCGUACAUUUGCUAUCUUCAAGUCUGAACUAGAGAAUGAGGCUUCUUAUGUAUUAGCGGAGAGAAGAACUGAAUCAGAUGGGACAGAGACAUUCAUACUGAAGAACUACAUGAACCCAGAUCGGAUAAGGCGGUUAACAUUUACUACGUCCAAUCAAGAUCUAAAAUGCGAGUGUGCAUUAUUUGAAUCUAAGGGGUUUCCAUGCAGACACAUGCUUACAGUAAUAAAAAAUAUGGGGUACACCGCACUACCCUCGUCGUGGUUCAAGCUACGAUGGACCCAAAAUGCGAAGACACUAAAUCGUCAUCCUGAGUUGGAGGUGAUGUGGGAGAGAAAGUUGGUCGACUGAUAAGACAUGGAGGAUUGGCUCUAAAGUGUAAGCGUUUAUGUGACAUCGCGUGUGGUAGUGAAUCUACUUUUAAUCAUGUCUCUAAGACGUUGGACGACCUUACUCAAUGGGCAAUUGAGUUCGCGAGGGAGAGAACGGACAACACCACACCGGCAAACCCUCCAGCACCCCUUCGAAGUGUGAAAGAUCCAAAAAUUGGGAAGACCAAGGGGACAUUCAAGUCAGCACGAACUGCAUCGGGUAAAAGUUUAAGAAAGUGUUCGAAAUGUGGGAAAUAUGGUCAUUUUCGCCCUAAGUGCCCGAAACAAAGUCCCAAAAAAGGAUCUUAAAUUUCUUCUAUUGUUGUUUAGGAGUUUAUUUAUAUUUUAAUAACUGUGAUUGCAUUGUAAUUUCUUCGAAUUAUCUUAAUAAUUUAUGAGUUAAUUGAUUUUUGGUUGAUUGGACGAAGAUCGGGCGCGAGGCAAGUCAAAAAGAAAGCCACACGGGCACACACACAACCCACACGGCCGUGUGAUGUUGCAAUUUGGCCGUGUGGAAUUAUGCGAGGCCUCACACGGCCAGGCUGGGUGAGCUACACGGCCAGGCUGGCGGCAAAUAGCAAUAAAACGGUCGACCUCAUACAAAUAACGGUCGACCUGAACAUACACGGUCGACCGAACAUGUUAGUGAGGUCGACCGCGUAUUUAAUUCGGCCGACCAAACCAGUUUGUUUGCAACAUCCACCCAAACCUCCCCCAAUCCUCUAUUUAAGAAACCCUCCCCCACUCAUUCUACACCACAAUCAGAACCCUAUCCCACCACAUCCACUCAUUCUUCCUCUCCUUUCCCUUCUUCAUCUUCUUCUCCAUUUUCUAAAAACUCCAUUUUCCAAAAACUCAAAGAAAGCUUCAUCCUCAUCACUUAGAAGAAGAACAAGGUAUAGCUUUCACUCCUCUCUUUCAUUUGAGUCGAUUCUUGUCUUCUUCUUUCUGUUUUCAAAAAAUCUAAAGAUGUAAAAGAGGGAUUUUUCCUUCUGUUCGUCAGAAGCGGUCGACCUGUUCAUCAUCGUGGUCGACCGCGUUUGGCCUUAAAUCGAUUUUUAUUUCUGUUUUAUGGACUGAGGUCGACCUAUGAUGAUAUUGAGGUCGACCUGUGAAGUUCGAGUUGAGAUUUCUGGCCUUAUUAUUUAGAUCUGUAGCUUGAAAAUAUGGACUUUGUCCUUCUGUUCGCCAGAUGCGGUCGACCUUUUCAUAAUCAUGGUCCACCACAUCUGGCCUUAAAUCGAUUUUUAUUUCUGUUUUAUGGACUGAGGUCGACCUAUGAUGAUAUUGAGGUCGACCUGUGAAGUUCGAGUUGAGAUUUCUGCACUUAUUAUUCAAGCGAUCUUAUUUCUGUUUUUUUUGUGCGAAACUAACACAGGUCGACCGCUUCUAUUUAUGCGGUCGACCGAAUCUGUUUUGCACUCAAUUGAUACGAGCAUUUGGGCCAUUUUAGACUCGUUUCAAUUAAGCCGAGGUCGACCUAUGAUGCUUCUGAGGUCAACCGAUGAAGGCAAAAAUUUGUGUAUGUCGACCCAUUCCCGUUUUAAAUUAACUGAGGUCGACCUAUGAUUCUUCUAAGGUCGACCCAUUCUCGUUUUAAACUAACUGAGGUCGACCGCUUUAUGGAGUGGUCGACCGCGUAUUAUUCAUUUCGAAAAUGUGACUAACGUGUAUUCUUGCUUGUUUGAUCGCAGGAUGUUUGGCGGCAAAAAGAAAAGAAAGGCACAAAAAGCUGCUGCCUCAAGUUCGGAAUGGGAAGAGUUCAAUCCCAAUCUGUUCCAGACCAAGGAGCAAAGUGAGAACUAUGAAGAGAAGAGAAUGCACAACCGCAGGGUGGCUCCGGGAAGGCCAUUGACGACGGAUGCGUAUUCUCAUUACGAGAAUUACGGGUUUCUGGGACCCUUCAUCGAGCAAGAGUGGCUUAAGGUGAUAUCUCUCAAUGUACCAUACUACCCAAAACUGGUACAGUACUUCUACUACAACAUCGUCUAUGAGCGCAAUGCAAAUGGAUCCAUUCACGCAUUCAAAUCCUAUGUGAAUGGGGUGGCGAUGCGCAUCAGCAAGAAUGUGUUGGCGCAAGUACUUCAGGCUCCAAACGAGGGGAAGAGAAUCAAUUCUUACGGUGCUUGGAAUGAAACGCAUUUCACGAGAGCCAAGCAAAUCCAGACGGUAUGUGGUCUUGAUGAAGAGGAAGAUGCUCAGGGGCGCAAUAGGCCAUCGAGUAACCACCUGACAGUUCAAGCCAGAGUUCUUCACCACAUGCUUUCCUACAACAUUCCGCCAAAGGGUGGACAUCGGGAGACAGUCACCUACUUCGACAUGGAGCUCCUCACCAACCUACUGUUAAGCGAGAAGGUGAACUUGCCAUACUUAAUCUUUAACCACAUGCUUACUGCUGCAGAGAGUUCAAACAGGAAUCUUCCCUAUGGGAUGAUCCUCAUUGUGCUAUUUGAGCAUUUUAAUGUGAAUUUAAGUGAAGAGGUGGGGUUAAGAAUCUCAAGGCAGGAGUUCUAUACUGUUUCAUCUCUGAAAAAGAUGGGCUUUGAGCUGCGUAAUGGUGAGUAUGUCAGAGUAAACAAUGCUCAUGGUGGUGAUGAUGAUGAUGAUGAUGAUGAUGAUGAUGAUGAUGAGGGUGAUGAAGGAGCUCGAGACGAGCCAAUGGGGGAGGCACAGAGUUCAACUCCACCGAUCACCUUACAGUGUGUGUGGGAGCGCAUGGAUGGCAUGUACGAGUACAUGGGCCAGAUGUCCACCCAGAUGUCUGGCAUGCACGACUACAUGGGGCAAAUGACCGCCCAGAUGAGCACAAUGCAGGUGACCAUGAAUGAGAUGCGAGAUGAGUGGCGAUCUUUCAGCGGAAGAUACAUGCAUCCCACCACAUCCGACCACCAUCAUGCUAGCACCACCAAUGAAGAAAAUGUGGAUGAGAGAGAGGGGGGAGAUGAGUAGGAGAAAUGAGUUUUUAUAUUGUGUGUUUUAGUGGUCAAAACGAUUGUUGAGUGUUAUUCUAUUGUUUUUUUAGUUUUAUUUUUAUGUGUGAACAAUUAUGAUUUCUGUUUUAUUUUUAGUUGUUAUGCUAUGAAUUGAUGAGUCCUUGUUAUAAUUAUGACUAAUUAUGAUGGUUUGAAACAUAAUUUAUACGAUUAAAAGAACCACACAAAUCGACAUACAUAAGCAAAAAAGACACGGGGCAUAGGGUGACUUUCUUGUAUUCGAUCGACCUCGUAACGGAUUAGGUCGACCGCGAAACCAACACUUGAUCUUGAUUUUACGUCAAUUAAUUGGACACUUUGAUAGAACACUUAUCUUCUAUCUGGUCGACCUCUUUCAUCAUCCGGUCGACCAUUUUGUUAAUGACUGCAAUCAAGUGGUCGACCUAUAUACCUUAGGUGGUCGACCAUGUUGUUUCUGACGCCAACGAAAUGGCCGACCCAGGUUUUAUUCUGGUCGACCAAAAAUAUCAACUUAAACUAAGUGCGGUCGACCAGGUGGUCGUUGAGGUCGACCGCAAUGCUUUCUCGUGCUGCCCAAAUUAGUCGAUUCGGUCGACCGCCUUCAGCAAUAGGUCGACCGAAAAGUGCAUGUCACCGUGACAUGCAUGUCAUAGUAGGCAUACCCUAAAAUUAAAGCUCUUUUUAGUCGUUCAGAUUAACUAUAUGAUAUUUCCAAAAGUGGCUUGUUUAGAGUACUAACAAGGCAAAUGCACCUUUGAGGCAACGUAGGAUGGGAGAGGUUAAAGAAGAGGUUUAGGAAGGGGUAGUUAUCAUAAAUGGUAACAAACCUAUUCACUUUGUACAAAACGGUAACAAUUCUUUAAUUUUGUACGUUUCGGUAACAUAUGUUUGAACUAAUAACAAAAAGGUAAUUCCGUCUAUUUCCAUCCAAAAAAUCGUUAGUUUUAUCCACUAGGAUGACACGUCAUUAAAAAUAUUAAUUAAAAUAUCAGCUAAUCAUCCCACUUAUCCUGCACAACCCAACCAAUCCAUUUACCCAUCUCGCUCCGUCCUGCUCCACUGCUCCUUCCUCUCACCUCCUACUUCCUCCUUCUCAGUUGUGUCAUCAAUUCUGUCUCUCCUCUCUUGUGUCUAUGAAUUUCUCUUGGGCUAAAUUUUGUUGGAAAUUGUCGUUUUAGGUCUGUCAAUGAGAAUGCUAGAUUUGAAUUUGGGGCGGCGGCCUGGUGGUGAGAGCAGGGAAGGAUGUGCUUUGCCUGCCAAGAGGAACAGGUCGAGGAAGUCUCUGGCAAGGACUCAUGGGUUCCGGCGACGGAUGUAAACGACUAGUGGGAGGGCGAUUUUGAAGUGCCGACGGGCAAAGGGGCAUUGGGUCGUCUGCACCAAGUCCAAUCCGAGCGGCAAAGCUUCCUCAAACCUAAUUUUUGUUGAAAGGUAAUUUGCAAUUACCAAUGGUAAAGAAACAUCGAUUAAUGAUGCAACCCACAAUGUCUCAUGCAAGACAAAAAUAAUGAAGUCAAAUAAAUGGAUGGGGCAUGGCUUGGUUGAGAACUCAUAUCCAUGUCAAUUCCAUCUGUUAGAAAGAAGAAGCCAAAAUCAUAAUAAUGCAAGAGACAAUGAGAUUAAUGCAUGGGGUAAUGAGUAGGCCAAUUGAAUUAAGUGAUGUUUCCAUCUACCACAAGUGGUAACGUGCAUGGAGAAAGAAAUGGAGCCAAUAGCAUUAUUAGUUUCUUUUUUCAUUGUAAUAUAAAUGUGUAUGUAUGGGUUUGCAAGAGAUUGUCAGAGAGACAUAAAGAAAGAAAGAAGUCUCUGUAUCUAUGUGUUUGUAAGCAACAAGAGCCAAAAGUUAAGACCUUGUUUGUUUGAGUGAUUUAUAAAAAGAGUGAUUAAACACCAAUUGUUUCCUUUGUUUUGAUCCUAUUUUCCACCACAAUUCCGCUAAUACCCAACAAAUUUGGUAUCAGAGCUAAUACCCUUCAAUCCUCUCAAAAAUCCCCAAAUUUCUAGCCUACCCAAUCCUCUAAAAAAUCCAUGGCAACAACUUCCUCAAACACCAUGUUUGCUACCUCUUCUAAUCAAAUUCCCAUUUUUGAUGGAGAAUUGUACGAGUACUGGAGUGCCCAAAUGGAGCCAAUUUUCAUCUCUCAAGAUCUGUGGGAUAUAGUCCAAGAUGGUUAUGAAAGUCCCCAGGAAGAUGAUGAAGACUCGAAGAAACGAUCGGGCAAGCAGACAAAGGAGUACAAGGAGAAUGCUAAGCAAAAUGCCAGCGCCUUGAGAAUCAUUCAGCAAGCAGUGAGCAAAUCAAUUUACCCGAGAAUCUAUGGCAUCAAAAAGGCCAAAGAAGCUUGGGAUGUCUUGCAUGAACAAUUUCAAGGCUCUGAAAAGGCAAUCUCUAUCAGGCGCCAAAGUUUAUGGCAACAGUUCGACAACUUGAUGAUGAAGGAAACCGACACCAUCAAAGACUUCCACUCGCGUGUGGCGGAGACAGUCAACCAGAUCAAAGCCACCGGUGAUGUCAUGGAAGAAAGAAAAAUUGUGGAGAGAAUUCUCCGCAGUUUAUCAUCAAAGUUCGAGCAUAUUGUUGCUGUCAUUGAAGAAACCAAAGAUCUAGCAAAUCUACCAAUGAGCGAGUUGAUGGGCUCACUUGUAGCACACGAGCAAAGAAUGAGCCGCUUCACCAAACCGCCAUUGGAGCAAGCUUUCUCGUCAAAAGUCAACAUGGCGGAAAGUAAAUAUGCCAAAUCGGAGCAAGGCCAGAGAGGGGGAAACUCACAAGGGAGAGGAAGAGGAAGAUCCAAUUACAGAGGAAACAACAGACAAAAUUAUCAACAACAAAGAUUGGGCUACACCGGCUCGAGUUGCAUAAUUUGCAAAAAGGCGGGUCAUGCAACAAAAGACUGCAAAUUCAACUGCACCAAGUGCAGAAUUCAGAACCACUCCCAGAGAGAUUGCUGGUUCCAGAACAAGCAAGAAGAUGGCGAGUCAAGCGGCAUCAAAAAUGAAGAAAGCAAUAUGGUGGCCUUGUCAUGCUUGUAUGGUGAGCAAAAAUCACAGCUUCCCUGGAUGGUGGAUAGUGGUUGUAGUAACCACAUGACUGGAGAUCUAGAGUCCUUCACCGACAUCGAUGACAAAUACCGCUCUCAAGUCAAAUUGGGAGACGGGAAGAAGCUAAAAGUGGAAGGAAAAGGCGCAGUUGUUGUAUGCACAGAAGAAGGCAACAAAACUCUCAUCCGAGAUGUUUUUUAUGUUCCGGAGCUAACUCUCAAUCUACUUAGCGUGGGACAACUGAUGCUGAAAAAUUACAAGCUAUUGUUUGAUAAUGGCGUGUGCGAGAUUAUCAACAAAGCAGACAAUUUCAUGGUGGCCAAAGUCCCGAAUGACUUCCAACAGAUGUCACAAAAUGGUGAAGUAGCAUUCAAGAGUGAAAAUCUGGAUCAAUCCUUUCUAUGGCAUCUCAGAUACGGUCAUCUCAACUUCAGAGGCCUCAAAUUGCUGAGGCAGAAAAAUAUGGUGGCAGGACUUCCCCAGAUCAACAGAGAAGAUAAAAUAUGUGAAGGAUGCAUAUAUGGCAAAAUGCAUCGUUUACCAUUUCCAAAGACAUCUUGGAGACCAAAAGCGCCACUGGAGUUGGUACAUGCAGACAUAUGCGGUCCAACCCGAACACAAUCACUCAGCGGCAAAAGAUACUUUCUACUAUUUGUAGAUGACUUCACCAGAAUGAUGUGGGUAUUCUUUCUGGAGCAAAAGUCAGAAGCUUUUCCCAAGUUCCUUCAAUUCCAAGCAGUAGCUGAGAAGGAAAGCGGCCAUCAAAUCAAAACUCUCCGUACAGAUCGUGGAGGAGAAUUUAUUUAUACUCUGUUCAUGGAGUAUUGCCGCAACAACGGGAUAAAAAGGCAGCUGACGGUCCGUUACACACCACAACAAAAUGGCGUGGCAGAACGGAAAAAUCGCACGAUCGUGGAGAUGGCGAGAAGUAUGCUCAAAGCAAAAAAGCUUCCCAACAACUUGUGGGCAGAAGGUGUCAAUACAAAAAUUUACAUCCUCAACAGAUCACCAACCAAAGCAGUUCGGAACAAGACACCGAUACAUGCGUGGCACCACAGGAGGCCACAGGUGGAUCGCCUCAAAGUCUUUGGGUGCAUAGCUUAUGCACACAUCUCUACUCCAAACCGAGACAAGUUUGACCAGAAGGGAGAAAAGCUGAUCUUCACCAGCUACAGUGAUGAGUCCAAAGGCUAUCGUCUUUACAACCCAGUAAAGAAUGAAGUGGUGGUUUCCCGAGAUGUGAUCUUUGAUGAGAUGGCGGAGUGGAAUUGGGAAAAUCCAAUUUUUCAAUCUCCACCAAGUUAUGAAAUUCUGGAGGACUCAGCAACUCCAAAAGACCCCAGCAGCGACUCAGAUCCAGUUGCUAGUCCAGAAAGAAAUUUUGCACCUAGCCCAGAAGGAGACAACUUCAGAGACGUCGUAACAAACUCAGAUUCACCUCCAUUGAGAACAAGGUCUUUGCGAGAAAUUUAUGAAACAAGUCAUGUGGCAUAUUUUUCUUGUGAGCCUCAAGUCUUUGAAGAAGCAGCCAAAGAUGAAGUUUGGAAUGAGGCGAUGGAUGCAGAGAUUUCCAUGAUCGAGAAAAACAAGACAUGGGAGCUUGUUGAUCAACCGGAGGACAAGCCGGUUAUAGGUCUCAAAUGGAUCUAUAAGAUCAAAUUCAAUGAAGAUGGUUCUAUCCAGAAGUACAAAGCUCGACUGGUGGCAAAGGGCUAUUCACAACAGCCCGGUAUUGAUUUUCACGAGACAUAUGCACCAGUAGCGAGGAUGGAGACCAUCAGAACAGUUCUCGCUCUAGCUGCUCAACUGGAGUUACCAGUAUACCAGCUGGAUGUCAAAUCAGCAUUUCUGAACGGAGAACUGGAAGAAGAAGUAUAUGUGGAGCAACCACGAGGAUAUGAGAAAAAAGGAGAAGAAGACAAAGUCUAUCGUCUCCGAAAGGCUUUAUACGGGCUGAAGCAAGCACCGAGAGCCUGGAACAGCAGAAUCGAUCGAUAUUUUCAGCAAAACGGAUUUCAAAGAAGUCCGAGUGAAGCAUCUCUCUACAUCAAAAAGGGAGAAGGAAAAGAUUUUCUAAUGGUUUGUUUAUAUGUUGAUGAUUUGAUUUACACAGGUACAAGUCAGCAUAUGAUCGAAGAAUUCAAAAGUGCCAUGAUGAAAGAAUUCGAGAUGACGGACUUGGGACUCAUGAAGUAUUUUCUUGGGAUACAAGUGAAGCAGUCACCUGGAGAAAUAUUUAUUUCACAGGAGAAGUACACCGAAGAUAUGCUGAAAAGAUUUCACAUGGCAACGUGCAAACCAAUCUCAACACCGAUGGCGUUAAACGAGAAAUUACAACGCAAUGAUGGAGCUGAAAAAGUCGAUGGAAAGCUGUACAGAAGUCUUGUCGGGUCACUCAUUUACCUGACACAUACCAGGCCGGAUAUAUGUCAUUCAGUAAGUCUUAUAUCAAGAUUUAUGAAUGAACCUAGCAAACUUCAUUUUGCAGCAGCCAAAAGAAUUUUGCAGUAUCUUCAAGGUACUAAAAAAUUGGGCCUGACGUACAAGAAAGAAGCAGAAAGCAAGCUGACUGGAUAUACCGAUAGUGACUGGGCAGGAUCAUUGGAUGAUCGAAAAAGCACAUCGGGGUACAUAUUCUGCCUGGGUUCAAAACCCAUUUCCUGGAGUUCAAAGAAGCAAAAGACUGUGGCAUUAUCUUCAGCGGAAGCAGAAUAUAUUGCAGCUACAGAUGCAGCAUGCGAAGCGGUAUGGCUAAAAAGAUUAAUUUUUGAUUUGCAGCAAAAUGAAAAUGGUCCAACCAUUAUUCAUUGUGACAACAUGUCAGCCAUAGCCAUGACAAAAAAUCCAGUAUUUCACGCAAGAUCGAAGCAUAUCGAGUUGCGUCAUCAUUUCAUCCGAGACCUCGUCAACGAAGGAUUAAUCAUGAUGGAAUUUAUCAACACCAACGACCAGCCAGCAGAUAUUAUGAAAAAAGCGGUUACCCGUGAGAAAUUCGAGAAGUUCAAGGAGCUACUCCAAAUUGCAAAUUAAGAGGGGGUGUUGAAAGGUAAUUUGCAAUUACCUAUGGUAAAGAAACACAAUUAAUGAUG